AUGUGGAUUGGAUAUUGGAAUGAUGAAGAUGAUACGAAAACGCCACAAGACAAUCGGAGCACAAGCCGGAGUCCACAACGGAAACCCGAAGAUCAUUUGUUCAGUGAUGACGAUGAUGAAGUAAGCAAAGAGUUGAAUGCUAAGGGUGGGAGCAACAAUGAAAGUGGAACUCAGAGUUCAUGGCCAAAGAGGGUUGUAGAAGUUGAUAGCUCCCAAGCAAAUGUUUUGUCUCGUGAUAUCACUUCUGCUCAAGUUGCAAGGCCUGGAACAUCUGAACUCGAAAUUAUUGAAAUGGGAAAAGACUUGAAGAUUGGAGUCCCUAAAAGUUCAAGUUUUGAGGUCGACGACACAAACAAAAAGAUGGACAAGUUUAGUGAGUCAGACAUGAAGAAAGUUGGUUGUGAAAAUGGUGCGCCAGGGACCGAAACCAAGACAAGUAUUGCUCACAAGGAAACUCCAAAAUCAAAUCACUUGCUGAAAAGCAUUAAUAUCGAAGAUAAAUCUAUAUAUUAUUCUAAGGAAUCACCACUACCUUCUUGCUUAACGACGUAGCCGUCUUCGCCAUGACAUCCGAUUUUAACCA